AUGUCCAAACGAGGAGCUGCCGAAGUGACAAAGAAGGUCAAGAAGGCCAAGUCGGCCGUGCAUAUGUCUCCCGAGGAAAUUUCCAGUCUCGGGACCGAAAUCACAACGUCCACCACCAAUUACAACAAGUUGUCAGAGCUCAUGUCUCUGUUGAAGUCUACCGACGAAGACGUCCACACAGCUGCUCUCAACAGUCUAUACAAUGUUUUCCGACACAUGGCCAAGGAGGAUUUGCUGUUGAACCCGGAUCACGUACUGGAACCCAAGACGAAGGACCAGAAGACCAAGGUUCCUGAUCUGAACAAGAAGACCGUGGCCGAGUGGAUCUCUCCUAAGUACGAGACUUACAAGAAGCACGUUCUGAAGAUGCUUAACACCUCCAAGUCCGCCAACAGCCGUCUGAUGGCUCUUGAGAUUCUAAUGCGACUAAUCAAGAUAGAGAACAAGUGCUGGAGUGCCGAUGGAGUGUCUUGGUUCCCCACUAGACUGCUUGGAGAGAUUGUGUGGGCCAUUGCCACAUGUUCUGUCGACGUGAAUCUCAGUACACUGUCCCACUUUGUAUCUGAGUACCUGGACAAGUACGACGAUAUUCGAUUUCAUGUCUACAACGAGUCUGGUAAGCUGUUCAGACAGACCAACAUUCCCGAUUCCGUGGACCAGAAGAAGCUGUCGAUUCGAAUCCAGGAACUCUUUCUGCACGCCGAUGCUGCUGCCUUCCCCAAAUCCAAUGCAGAGAUCACCUCAUUCUGGACCAAGAAGCCCACUUCCAAGAAGGACGCCAUUUUGCAUCAUGACACACAGACUCUGGCCUUCCAGACCGGAUGGCUUCGAAUCCUGGGUCUCCCCCAGACCAACGAUCAAUACAAGACUGUCCUGACAGUCAUGCAUCAAAAGAUAAUCCCCUUCCUGAACCAACCUCACACCACCAUGGAUUUUCUUACCCAAUCGUACAACAUGGGAGGUGGAGUUGCUCUGCUGGCUCUUAACGGUCUUUUCUCGCUCAUGCAGAAGCAGAACCUGGAAUACCCCGACUUCUACUCCAAGUUGUACGCUCUGCUGGACGAGCAGGUUCUCUAUGCAUCUUACCGAUCGCGGUUCUUCCGACUGCUCGACAUUUUCCUGAGUUCCUCGCAUUUGGCCAGUGCCAUUGUCGCCUCUUUUAUCAAGAGAUGCUCUCGACUUGCCCUCACAGCUCCUCCUGCUGCCGUAGUGACUCUCUACCCUUUUGUCUACAACCAGCUCAAGCGACACCCUGCAUGCAUGACUCUGCUCCAGAGACACGUUGAAGGAGAGUACGAGGACCCAUUUGAUCCCGAAGAGACCGAUCCUCUCAAGACCAACGCGUUGGAGUCGUCUUUGUGGGAGCUGGAGACUGUCCAGUCUCAUUACCACCCCAAUAUCUCCAAGCUGGCCAAGAUCAUCUCCGAGCCUUUCCGAAAGCCCCAGUACAACAUGGAGGACUUCCUGGACCACUCCUACGAGUCGCUAAUUGACCAGGAGAUGGGCAAGAACAUCCGAAACGUCCCUGCUGUGGAAUUCGACAAAUUCAAGGUCUUUGGAGAUGGACAGUACAUGGAGGGAUGGUCUUUUUAA